AUGGAUUUAUUAAAAGACCCAAAAGGGGAUAGAUAAGUAAAUACGAUACCCACUCCACCUCAUAGACCAUUAAGUGAAGAGUUACUUUUUAUAGAUGAUAAACCUAACUGGAAAUUAUUGAAAGAACACCUUUUCAAGGAAGGAAGGAUAACAAAAAGCUAGUUAAUGAAAUUAGUUGAUAUGUGCAAUUAUCAUUUAAAAAAUGAAGGUAAUGUAAUUUAUGUCGAUGAUCCACUUACUGUAGUAGGAGAUAUUCAUGGAUAAUACUAUGAUUUAAUGAAAGUAUUAGAGAUGGGAGGUGAUCCAGAACAAGGAAAAUAUGUAUGAU